GUCACAGUGAAGAGCACAGACGAAGCUGAGCGGAACAGGAUGCAGGCUAUCAAAUGUGUGGUCGUGGGAGAUGGAGCUGUGGGGAAAACAUGUCUUCUCAUCAGCUACACAACCAAUGCCUUCCCCGGGGAGUACAUUCCUACUGUGUUUGACAACUACUCGGCUAAUGUGAUGGUGGACAGCAAGCCAGUCAACCUGGGCCUCUGGGAUACAGCUGGACAGGAAGACUACGACAGGCUCCGCCCACUGUCCUACCCACAGACGGAUGUUUUCCUGAUCUGUUUCUCACUGGUGAGCCCGGCAUCCUAUGAGAACGUCAGAGCUAAGUGGUACCCGGAGGUUCGCCACCACUGCCCCUCCACACCCAUCAUCCUGGUGGGAACCAAGCUGGAUCUGAGGGACGAGAAGGACACCAUUGAAAAGCUGAAGGAAAAGAAGCUGGCACCAAUCACCUACCCUCAGGGUCUGGCUCUGGCCAAGGAGAUAGAUUCAGUGAAGUACCUGGAGUGCUCGGCUUUGACCCAGCGCGGUCUGAAGACUGUGUUCGAUGAGGCCAUCCGGGCCGUUCUCUGUCCCCAGCCCACCAAGGUCAAGAAGAAGCCCUGCUCACUGCUGUAAAUGUUUCUUGCAGGACCAGAUUCUGACUGAUGACUCGAGGUUGAAGAAGAAGAUUUAACAGUUUUGUGAUGUUUUUUAAAUAGAAAACUACAACUAGAUUUCCACUAGUUGAAAAAAAAUCAGUUAUCAGUUAUAAUAUAAUCAAUUUUCAGUUAUAACAAAAUGGUAGCAAACCUUUCUGUACAGCAUAGUCUGAGACUGAUUUUUGAAAUGCAUCAUAGAUGCUGCACCAGGCAGGCUUUCUCUGUAAAAUAUACCAAUUUAUAACAAUAGAUCACUAAAUGUGGAUGCCGCAGACUGCACCAGUUCACACACUAAUGACUCACACCAUUAUAUUUAAUGUAUGAACAGGAGCAGAAUGCUAAACACAGUGUAUGCACAACGUAUACAGGUGUCUUGUGCGUCUUUAAAUAAUGAUAUUUCUUACUGAGAGCAAAGAUAGUGUUGCAAUACGAUUGGUUCAUAAUCUUACAAGUGUUGUUUUGAGAGUGAUGAACAAUGAAAAACAAGGAUCAGGAAAGCAGUUUUUUUGUAUGAGCAGGGAACUGAACAAUGUUGUAUUUGAAUAAAAGUUAUAAACAAACGUAUUAUUUGUUGUGAUAUUAAAAUAAAAGGCAUUUUAUCAAG